CCUUUGAUGGAAUCUGCUCGUAGCAGCAGUUCAUGUUUGGAAUCUAAAUUGGUAAAGAUGGUCUAAAAUAGGCCAGCCAGCCAGCCAGCCAUCCGUCUACACUGGGAGACAUGCGGGUUCACGAGAUGACAUAAAGCUUCAUGGUAGCACCCUCAUCGGGAAAAAAGGUCACAAAGUGUGACGCCCCAUCGACCGAUGGCGAACGUACAUAGACGCGGUGUAUCGUCGUCACAGUCAGUCGCCAGAUUUCCGCCGUUCGCCGUCGCGUCGUGGUAAUGAUGAGAGCGAGUGGGGGUGCGGCGGUUUGUUUGUAGCACUGGGCGAAACCACUGAACCGUACACUAUUGCGCUCCAUUGGAGGCGGUCACACAUACAGAGCCUCACACAAGCUAUACAUACUGAGAGGCACAUUAGGCGGUAUCGUUGUGCACCGAAACAAACUUUUCCCACAGUGUACGAUUUUUCGGGAUGUCGGACACGGAAGACGAGUCCCUUAGUUCCGAAAGUUGGCCCAUCAACGAAGACUGGCUGGUUGAGGUACUUAAAAAGCACCAUGAGGUGCGAUCCGGAAUUAAAAUUACGGAUUUCAAGGUGAAACAAGGCUGCCACGAUGGAGUGAACAACCUGAGCGAUAUUCUGUCGGUAUCGGUGGUGUACGAGUUCCAGCAGGUCAACCAGGUCGCAAGCAAAAGCUUGGACAUUGUGAUAAAACUGCUGCCUCAGGAUCCGUUUAGCAGGUUUUUCGUAACGGAGGCACAGUUCGAUCUGCGUGAGAUCAAGUUCUACACUAGCAUUCUUCCCGACCUACUCGCCUUCCAGGACACGAACGUCUCCAAGGAGGACAACGCCUCCAUGUUGGUAUCUGUCCCGACCUGCUUCUAUACCCAAUAUGCGCCGGCCAUCAGCUCCUCUCAGGGUAGUCCGGAACCACCCGAAAGCAUCCUGGUAUUGGAAGACAUGCGUUCACUCGGAUAUAAGGGAGCUAAUUUUACGUCGGGUCUAACUGUUAGUCAAACUGAGGCCGCCAUCCGAGCUAUUGUCGCCAUCCAUGCCCUAUCACUGGGUCUGAAACUCAAAAAGAAGGUCGACGUUAACGAAAAAUAUCCCUUCUUAUUCCAAACAACUCGCGCAACCGAAAGCUAUCAGCAGCUGGUUGAGCAAGGAAUGCCCCAGCUCACCAAGUUCCUCGAAGGCAAAGACGGCUACGAGAACGAGCUGAAAGCCCUAAACAAGAUUCGGGUCCGUACCAGAGAACUCAUCGAAACCUUACUGCAGCCGAUAGAACCGAUGGGACUGAUCACGCACACGGACUUCUGGUGCAACAAUUUGCUGUUCCGAGCCGAAGGGGAAGGUACCGAUAGCUGCAUCAUUCUGGACUGGCAAAUGGUGACUUACAGCCGACCAACCAACGAUCUGGCGCUGCUGCUGAUUUCCUCGAUUCCGUCCAACAUUCGGCGGCAGCAUGGCGGCCGGUUGCUCGAUAUGUAUUACAACCUGCUCAAGUCGAGCUGUCAGAAGUUGGACAUAGACGUCGAGGCCGACCUGGGAUACAGUCGGAACAAGAUGGAACUUGAGUAUCGACAAUCAGAAUUGCUCGCCUUGCUGCUUUGUAUCGGAUCGAUCGACAUUGCGAUAGGGAACCCGGUUGCGGAGCAACGUUUGUUGGAUGUUUUGCGAGAUUUCAACGAGGAAGGUAUCCUCAAUUUGGACGAAUGUCUCUAGACAAAAGCACGAGAAUAAUAAAAAAUGUAUGUUUUGCGUCUUGAAAAUCGUCGAUUAGGCUUGAAAUCAAAUUUUACAUUUUAUAGAAGUAAGGUGCAGCUGCUACUCAGUCACUUUCUAGUUGAUUAAGAAAUAUAGCAUAAAUGAAUCAAUUUUUUGAGAAAAUCCAGCGCUUUAAAAAAAGCCCCAGCAUGCAACCGAAUCCAACCAAAAAGAGUCAAUCCUAAAUCAAUCGUAUACGUUUUGAAACGCCUUUUUAGUCAAAAAAAAUUGAAUUAUGGCAGUGUCAACGCUAUAGCAGCUUAUGCAUGAAUAAUAAAACCGCACGCAUAAACAGCGAACAAGUUUGGUUUCAGCUGCUCAGCAAAAAAACAAGGACACAAUAUUGUUUAAACAGAUUAGCACAAAAUACUGCAAAACUAUAUAUUACUGAUAGUCACUCACAGAAUAAGUGUACCGAUAGAAUUUUACCGUCAAAUUGAAGUAUUCUAAUGCUACCAAACAGAAAAAAAUUGUUGUGUUAAUUACAGGUAACCAAUUGCUGUAAUAAAAAUUACCAAACC